GAUAAUCAGAUAAUACAUACGUGGACUAUACAGAACCUCAUUAUGUCAGUCUUUAACUCAGUUCUCGUCAUUACAACCUUGUAUACUUACACAUAUACUUACAAUUAACUGCAUAUAUAGAUAGUCGAGGCCUUCAUUCUUUCUUGUGUACUUUUCAAAAAUGGAACUAAUAUUAAGCACGCAUAGUGUCUAUAGAUCGUCUCUGUUGGGCCGCCGGCCGGAUUUCCGGCCUGUGAAACAAAUUCCGGCGAGGAAAGCUUUCAAGACGGCAAGAAUUUCAAAUGCUGCGACUGUCAAUGAAGGUCAAUUGUUGAAUUUGAAGAUGAACGGAAGUGCGUUAGAGCAGCUCGAUAUCGAACGCGGUGUUUGUAUUCCGUUUCGAAAAUAUACUCCCCAAACUGUGAGGAAUAAGGUAUUGGAAUCACAAGGGGCAAUAUUGUCAUUGAUUGGUAGAGGGGUUGAGAUUGUGUGGAGCUUGGGGUUUUAUUAUUCGACUUUGGUUUAUGAUUUUUUGGUUGGGAGAGAUGAAGAAGUUGUUCCGUUUCGUGCGAGGCAGCUCAGGAAUCUUUUGUGUGAUUUGGGGCCUUCUUUUAUCAAGGCUGGCCAGGUUCUUGCCAACAGACCUGAUAUUAUUCGAGAAGAUUACAUGAAUGAACUUUGCAUUCUUCAAGAUGAUGUUCCUUCUUUCCCCAAUGAGGUUGCUUUCAACAUUAUAGAAGAGGAAUUGGGUCAACCACUGGAAACUGUAUUUAGCAAAAUUUCAUCAACCACGAUAGCAGCUGCAAGUUUGGGUCAAGUUUACAGAGCUACUCUACGUGCCACAGGGGAAGAAGUUGCAAUUAAGGUUCAAAGGCCGGAGAUAGAGCCCAUAAUAUAUCGAGAUCUUUUCCUUUUCCGCACUCUUGCAUCCUUUCUGAAUGGCAUCAGUCUACAGAAAUUAGGUUGCAAUGCAGAACUUAUAGUUGAUGAGUUUGGCGAGAAGCUUUUGGAGGAGCUUGAUUAUACGUUGGAAGCUCGCAAUAUUGAAGAUUUUCUGGAGAAUUUCAAAGGAGAUCCUACUGUGAAAAUCCCUCGGGUCUACAAACAACUCUCUGGUUCACGUGUUUUAGUAAUGGAAUGGAUUGAUGGUAUACGGUGCACUAAUCCACAGGCUAUUAAGGACGCUGGACUUGAUAUAGAUGGAUUCUUGACUAUUGGAGUGAGUGCUGCUUUGCGUCAGUUGCUAGAAUUUGGAUUGUUUCAUGGGGAUCCACACCCAGGAAAUAUCUUUGCUAUGCGCGAUGGACGAAUUGCAUACGUGGACUUUGGAAAUGUUGCUCAGUUGAGUCAGCAAAAUAAACAAAUUUUGAUUGAUGCUGUGGUCCAUGCUGUUAAUGAAGAUUAUGCGGAAAUGGCCAAUGAUUUCACCAGGCUUGGGUUUCUUGCUAGUGGAACAGAUGUUACUCCAAUCGUCCCAGCCUUGGAAUCGAUCUGGCAAAACUCAUCUGGGAAAGGACUAGCUGAUUUUAAUUUCCGAAGUGUUACAGGAAAAUUUAAUCAACUGGUUUACCAAUAUCCUAUUCGUAUACCUGAGAGGUUUUCUCUUGUCAUUCGUUCUUUAUUAACUCAAGAAGGCAUCUGUUUUACUUUGAAGCCAGAGUUUAAAUUUCUAGAGGUUGCCUAUCCAUAUGUAGCAAAACGCCUACUAACAGAUCCAAAUCCUGCUUUACGUGAACGCCUUAUACAGGUUCUGUUUAAAGAUGGUCUUUUCCAAUGGAAACGGCUUGAAAAUCUGAUAGUGCUGGCGAAGGAAAAUGUGGCAAAAAUGAGUAGCAACCCAGCAUUGCAAGGGAAGCAAAUGGAACUGUCUAGAGAGAUGCAGGUCCAGAAGAAAUUGGACCUGACAGACACAAUCAAAGAUGGUGCUCGUCUUUUCCUAGUUGAUGGAGGGAUUCGCAGGCAGCUUCUCCUUGCUUUGACUGAAGACUCUAAGCUUCACAUUGAUGAACUUGUUGACGUAUAUAAACUGCUUGAAGACCAAAUAGAUAUGCCAUCUGUGGCAGUGGAGGUAGCUCGAGGUUUUCCAUCAGUUGCUCGGGAAGCCAUGCUUUCAUGGAGUGCAUCUGUCUUAUCUGACAGAUGAUUCAUGACAUGUCAUCAAUACAACGAGGGUGGGUAUAUAGGUAUGGAGGGUUAAAUACCAAGUGUGUAUAUGUUAACACAAGAAAAAUCAGAUGCAUGGGUGAGAAAUACUCUACGUCGAUAUACUUGUAUAUAUAUAUUGAUACAUAUAUACAGAGCUAGGUUAGUCGAGGCGCUUGCAUAUGCCUUUCUAUACUUGUUGAUAAUUUCUUUCUAGGCUCUAGUAUAGCUUUAGGAGAGUUAUUUCAUUUACAGAGUAAUUUGUUGACAUAUUCUUUAUCGACAUUCUGAGUGUUGUCCCAGAUGAACCAUGUAUACAGCUGCUGAUAAUUGGAUAUUAAGUAGAUAUGAAAUUAUAGACUCCAGAUUUCUAUCGAUAA